AUGGAAAACGCAUGGACGAUUCUUUCUCAGGAAGCAAAAGCACCUAAGGGCGUUCUCACAGACGAGUUCGUUAUGAAGUACGCUAAGGAGCUCGACUGGGGUCUCCUAUCCGAAAACUACGAUUUCAGCAUCGACAUGUUACGCACGUAUUUCCAUCGCGUAAACUGGUAUGCCAUACUGAAGAGGACAAAGUUCGAUGAGAGCUUCCUCCGGGAAAUGGCUAUCAACUUUAACGAGUGCUGCGGUGUGGUGAAGAGCGAAUACCGCUCUAUCAUGCCGGUGUCUGAACUCAAUUUCAACACUCCAAAUAAUUACACGGUUUUUAAACUCGAUCACGGUGACACGUUUUACGAUUCAGGAAUACAAUUUCACAUUUGUGGUAAAGUCAUCAAGAAAUCUGACGGGGCUGCUUAUGCCGAUAAAACAAACAUCAAACUCAUAGACAAUUUCGUACCGUUUCUGUUUACUCGAAUUGAACUCAAGAAACACAACACCACAAUCGACACUGUCGACUAUCCUGGUGUCACAAGCACGGUCAAGGGAAUCCUCAACUAUUCCAGUUCGAACAAGAACUCUUUAGCAAACUGUGGUUUCGUAUCCACGUUCACUGGUGGAGGCAACUUCGAAGUAAUCGGUACCCUUGCACACCUCGGUCUCGGCUUCUUCGAUCAUCUACGGUAUCCUAUGUACAAAGGCGGAUUCGAAGUCGUAUUCACCCGUGCUGAAGAUAACGAUGCACUAUUUGUUUGGAAAGGAUCAGCCGCAACAGAUACAAUACCAGAGGACGGAAAAGUCGAAAUCAAAUCUUUCGUUCUUCGAGUUCCGUUAGUCGAGUAUACGGCCACCAGCAAGAUUCAAUUGAUCGAUGGGUUGACCCGUUUGAGUGAUCAUAGCAAAUUGGUAUACAACUAUUACCAGUGGCAGUGUAUUGAAAAGAAAGGUGUUUUCGGGGCCUCAUUCAACUUCGAUAUCACUAACGUUUAUAGAAAUGUAUACAACCCGAAAUUUGUCAUUGUGGGGUUGCAAACUAGCCGUUGGAAUGACCAGAAGAAAAUUCCCUCCCGUUUUGAUAGUUGCAACAUAAAAAAUGUCGCAGUGAAAAUAAACGGAGAACGUUAUCCUCAAGAAAUGCAGAACAUACACAUCACUGAAGGCAAAUGGAGACUGUUAUACGAACAGUUGGUCAGAUAUCGUCUGGUGAACUUUGGAGACACCAAUGUGUUCGUAUCUCCUUCAGAGUUCAAGAAUGAUUAUCCACUGUUGGUGAUAGACACUCAUCUCCACCCAAUGAGCACAGAUCGCUCGAGAAGUGACAUCCAGAUUGAGUUAGAUUUCGUAAAUGCUAUCGCGACUGCGCAAGCCGAUGCCGGAACAACAGCAUACGUAGUCGUGGUCUCUGAAACUGGAUUCAGUUAUGACAUUUCAAGAAACAUCAUUAGACAACUGUAA